AUGUGCCUUUCAUCAUCAACUAUUUCUUCUCCAUAUUCACCGAUGCCAUCUACUACUUCAUCAGCAACGACAUCACCAUCAACACCAAAAGACAAUAGAUUAGAAAAUAAUUCCGAAGAAGAUCUAUCUACAGACGAUAUGAUUGUUGAUAAAAAUUCUAUGCCUGAAGACGAUCCAAAUGGUAAUACAUUACAUGAUGCUAGAGAAAUUCGUUGGGGACCUCAACAUGCCGGUGCAAAAUUACUUGCUAGUCAAUAUACAAGAGAAAAACGUAUUCAAGAAAUAAUUUCAAUUAUUCUAUGUAUUAUAUUAAUGAUUUACAAUUUUUACUUUAUAUGUCGUUAUUUUGAUGUAAGAAAUUGGUAUCUUAUCAUUCCUUCAGCAUUACUUGGUAUUUUAACAGCAGAUUUAGCAUCAGGAAUUGUUCAUUGGGGUGCUGAUACAUGGGGUUCUGUUGAUAUGCCAUUUAUUGGUAGAAAUUUUCUACGUCCAUUUCGAGAACAUCAUAUUGAUCCAACAUCAAUAACACGUCAUGAUUUUAUUGAAACAAAUGGUGACAAUUUCGCAGUUACUGUUCCAUAUCUUUUAUAUAUGGCUUAUAAAUUUACUUAUUGGAAUGAUAUUAAUAUAAGAUGUAUUUAUAAUUUUGAGGUUUAUAUGUUUCUUCUAGCUAUAUUUGUAUCGAUGACUAAUCAGUUCCAUAAAUGGUCACAUACUUAUUUUGGUCUACCUUCUUAUAUUGUUUUCUUACAAAAUUAUCACAUUAUUCUACCUAGAAAGCAUCAUCGAUUACAUCAUGUUGUACCCCAUGACACAUAUUUUUGUAUUACAACCGGUUGGCUAAAUCGGCCACUUGAAAUGAUAAAAUUUUGGCCAUGGCUUGAAUCAUUUGCUGAGAAUUAUACUGGAGCAAAACCUCGUUCAGAUGAUUUUGCUUGGGCACAAAAGACAGAAAAAGUUCAUUGCUAUUAG